CUGCCAUAUCAUCGCGCUAGUGUCUUGUAUCUCCCUGCUUGUUUCGUCUCUAAACCUUCCUCGACAAGAUUCAGCAUGGAGCAAUUCGUCUUGUUUGGUGAUUCAAUCACGCAACAGUCUGCCAGUCAAGCAAAGGGCUUCGCCUGGACACCAGCACUUCAAGAUGCGUACAUCCGUCGUCUUGAUGUGAUCAACAGAGGCUUUAGUGGGUACAACACCACCCAGGCUUUGAGUGUCCUGCCUCGUGUCCUCCCAACUCCUGAACAGGGUCGUAUCCGCUUAAUGACCAUCUUCUUGGGAGCCAAUGAUGCUCGACUUCCCAAUACUCCCGGAUUCUCGCAAACUGUCGAUCUCGAGCAGUACAAGAGCAACUUGACAAAUAUCAUCAACCAUCCCACGCUCCAGGCACAUAAGCCUCAGCUCAUCCUGCUUACUCCACCUCCAAUUGAGGAGAGAAAGGCACUUGCGCACGACAAGACCAAUGGCAUUAACGUCAUGAGACGCACCGCCUCCAACACAGCCAAGUACGCAGAGGCAGUCCGUCAACUUGGUAAGGAGUUCAGUCUCCCUGUACUCGACGUCUGGGCCGCGUUCAUGAAGGAAGCCGGUUGGAAAGAGGGCGAUCCAUUGCCCGGGUCGAGUGAGAUUGAGCAGAACCAGACACUUGCGAACAUGCUGCAUGACGGACUUCAUCUCAAUCCUGAGGGAUACGAAAUCAUCUACAGGGAAUUGAUGAAGUUGAUUACCGAUAAGCUUCCUGAACAUGCUCCUGACAAUAUCCCAUAUGUACUUCCAUCAUGGGAUAAUGCUGAGGCUUGGAAAUAGCAAGGUAGACGACGAUAUGGACGCAGAUACUAGAGUUGUAUAGAACAUGUGUAAAACAUCUAUCGCAACCAAAGAAACAUAUUUUUGACACGGU